UUUGCUCUUUAACUUUGUUCACAGCAGUGUGCAGUUUACUGUCUGUCUUGUUGUUAUCUAAUAGCUGGGGGAGAUUAAAGGGUCAUGCCACUCACUGUCGUGCUGGAUGGUCCAGCCCCCUGGGGGUUUCGCCUGACAGGAGGAAAGGACUUCAACCAGCCCCUGACCAUCUCCAGGAUCACACCUGGCAGUAAGGCCUCCAUGGCUAACUUGUGUGCUGGUGACGUCAUCCUGGCCAUCGAGGGAGUCCCAGCCACAGACCUGCUGCACUGUGAAGCCCAGAACAAGAUAAAAGAGUCCACCAAUCAGCUCUGUCUUACUGUUGAAAGGAAUGAAUCAAGACUGUGGUCACCACGUGUUAUUGAUGAAGGCAGAGCUCACCCAUAUAAAAUCAACCUGGAAGCAGAGCAGCAGGAGUAUAAACCUAUUGGCACUGGUCAUAACCGGAAAGCUCAGCCAUUCGUUGCGGCAGCGAACAUCGAUGACAAGCGUCAGGUGGUCAGUGCAUCCUACAACACUCCUAUAGGCCUCUACUCCUCAGGCAACAUCCAGGACGCCAUGGAGGGCCAGAUCCGAGGCCUGGUUCACCAAAAGCCUGCGAGCCCCAGGACUUUGACCAGCAUUGAGGAUUCUGACGUGUACCAGAUGUUACAGAAAGACCAGGAGGAGCCCCAGGAGCCUCGGCAGUCUGGCUCGUUCAAAGCCCUGCAGGAGUUUAUUGACAGUGAUGGCACUCGUCCCAUUGUGACCAGGACAGUAAAAGCCCCCAUGACCAAACCAACUCCGCCCACAGGAAACCUGCAGAAACUGCCCGUCUGCGACAAGUGUGGGAAUGGGAUUGUCGGGACGGUGGUGAAAGCACGAGACAAAUAUCGUCACCCUGGUUGCUUUGUGUGCUCCGACUGUGACAUCAACCUCAAACAGAAAGGCUAUUUCUUUGUGGAGGAGCAGCUGUACUGUGAGACUCACGCUCGUGCUAGAAUGAGACCACCAGAGGGACACGACCUCAUCACAACUUUUCCUUCUGCAUAGAUUCCACUCUUAUGAGCACAGACACACAGACACACACAUGAUCGGACACACUUUGGUCAACACUCCUAUGUCCUGCAGCUGUUGUAUGUGUUUAUCUGCACGUUGAUGUUGUCUGUGUAUCUAAGUAGAAUUUGGAUAAGAAUACAUUUACAUUAUUUCUCUCUCAAUGUACUGUAACAGUAUGAUGUCUUCACCUAUAAAUAACCUCUGCGUAGGAAUAUUUCACAGGUGAUCGUUGAGCAGCCUGGUUGUUUAAAGAGCCCAGCAACAGCAACUAUAAAGCACUGAGACUUGCCACUUUUAUUUUGCCAGUUGCUCACAAUUUGAUGUCUUUCCAAUAAAGACUUUUGUUCAUACUGUA